AUGCUAUCCGAUGAGUAUUGGGCGACCUACCAUGCAAAACUGGCUGAGCUUGAUCUAGAUGCUCACCCAACAUCAUUCAUUCCACGGGAUUGGGCUCUGAAUGCUGUCGACAUAGCAAGCAAAUGGGUGGAGCAGCAGUUUGCCGCACAUGUUUCAGGGAGACCUCUUGUUCCAGCGCCUCCGGAACUUGAUCCGGAAACCAUAUUUGCAUGCGGACACCUGGCUUUUGUGCUGGCGGAAGCGUAUCAGCAUCCUAUCAAAUUGGAUAUCGAUGUCAUUCAGUACAAUGAGGCCUUGACCAAACAGGAGUCAGGGCUGAAUGACGCUCGGGAAGAGGCAUUGUUGGCAAAGUUUCCUCCCACCGAGCGCAUGUUGUUGGAUCGCCCAUCGGUGGUGAUCGUGACCUUGGGUAAUGUGCCGGGUUCACCGUCUUGGUCCGGAAGGUCAAAUAUGAAGAGGAACAAGUAUAUAUUGGCUAGUGGACCUAAUGAACAUACUGAAAUCGCCUCUGCGGUAAAGCCUGUUGAAUGGGGUAGGGAUUCUGCUAUCGCCACGGCAGUGGAGAUCACUUGUGCGAUUAAUGGAGUUGGGGUCCGGGAGAGAAUGCAAGCGAAAGCCAAGGCCAUGGCAGCCAAGACAUUUGCCAAUCCUGCCAGACGCUCCAAGUCGCGCGCCCCGAAGUCCCGAAUUGUUAACAAGACAGCGAUUAAUACCAGGUCCCGGAAGACCCCAAUACCGCUCAAUCGGCUAUUAUCAGAAGUUGAGGACAGCAUCAUUCAACAAGCCUCGGAGGGUGAACUCAAGUCCAUGGAUGUCACACCGGCUCAAGCAGAGGCACCACAAAUCCCAACGAUGAGCUCAUCCGUGCUCAUCGAGCCUGAAGGACAGUCGGUAGUGCCCAUGAAUCAUGCGGAGUGUGAGCCCACUGCAAGGGACAUCCUUCAGAGCAUCCAAGACCUGGGCAGGCGACUUGAUUGUCUUGCUACCAAUGACAGGGUCGAUGUUUUGGAAGAAAGACUCGAUUCGGUGGAACAUAUGGUUGGGCAGCGGCUAGAUGCACUGGAGCGAAAACUCAAUUACUCGGAUGCGGAAUGGAAAGCAACAUCGUUGUCGCUUGGACAUCUAACCAUGUCCCUCCGGGACCAUAUGGAUGAUCUGACUGCACACCGUUCCUGCAUCAAUACCACCGUGUAUGCUCCCCCUCACCAUGGGAAUGCGCACCUUCCGACAUGGCUAGCUCAUCAGGAGGAAGACCCGAACAUCUCAGCCAUCGGUAGACAGUGGACUCAUGCAUGGGAUGCGUCCGUUAUCACGGGUAUCCAAGGCCAUGUCGGGACUUCAGCAUCUGCUGGAUACAUUAUCGGAACACCCGAUCCUGCAGUUCUGCUGGCGAAUGUGGAUGAGGAUGCAUCCAAUACAUUUGUUGCACCUGACUACAUUCACUUUUUAAUGAUGAUCAAGGCACGCUCUACUGGAAGCAUUCCCGGUCACCUUGCACGAGUCUUGGUAAUAAUAUUUGGUGGGCAACAAUUUCAGAUGUCAUCCGGUUAUCACCCUGGAAUGCAUUUUCCUGGAGGUCUCAUCCUCCCGAAUGGGGCGGGAUGA